AUGGGGAUAGUUGCUGAUGUGGUAACAGUGUUUAGAAAUUCACUUCUCUGGAUAGAUGCCCAACAGCAGUUUAAAAAAAAAGGGGAGGCUGCUGGGCUGAAGCCCAGCAGUGACCCAGAGCAGCAGCAGCAGCAGCAGCGGCCCAGCGGAAAUAGGGCUGCUGGGCCGAUGCCCAACAGUGAACAAGGCCCAACAGCCUCAAAAUGGCUGGGGCUUCCUGUGAAGAAAGCUUCCAAGGCAAGGGCUGCUCAAACAAAGACCGAGGAUGUAGCCGAGAAAGUCAACGGGGGUCUAGCAUUCCAGAAGCCGACGGGUGAGAAUCACAUUCUGGGUCAUGUUCCAAGCGCUAUCUUAACGAGUAGACCAUUUGAAAAGCCAAAAUGUGUAAAAGAGUGGGUAGAAUUUCUUAGCCAUUUGGACGACGAUUCAAUUCAAUGGAUGUUUAGUUGGUUUCCAUCCGAGAGUUUGGUGUUUAGAACGAGGGUUAUACCAUUCUUAAUUCUGAUGGGACUUCAAAGCCUGCAACCUUACGCCCCACUAAGAACUUUGAGGCAAUCGGGAAGAAAGCAAAACAUACCUUUAGUGGCAGAUAUGGACUAUUACCGAGCUGAUUACAAGGAAGGGAAAAUCCCUUUUUUAAAGGAGGUUAUCCGCAUGUGGAAACUGAGGGAAACUAUGAAAGCAGAUUCAGUUGAGCCGAAUAGAUAUCAAGCUGGAUGCGAGGACAACUAUAUGGAAUGGCUGGCCGCUGAUUUGGAGGAAUCAAUCAAACCCGGCGAAGUGGUAAUCCAUGGAGAAGGCAACAAUUCCCUCUACCCGGAAGUUUCGAUUCCUCCUAUUGAGAGUGUGGAAAGACUAGACGGAUCUGUUUUCCACAUCAAAGAGAUUGUGUGUGCUGUUCAAGCAGGGAAAAUAAAAUUGCCACAAGCGCUUAUGAUGGUGGCAUGGGAAAUGCUGAAGAACGGUUUCCGACCCGGUCAAGGCCUCGGUUUGAAUUCGAAUGGGAUUGUGGAACCAAUCCAACUGCCCGGACACAACCAUACUUUCGGUCUCGGAUAUGAGCCCACCCCUGAGGAGAUUGCUUUAGCCAGUCUCAAAAGAAGAAGUGCUAGUCCCUUGCCGAAGCCUGUUCCGCUCCUGAAUCAAUCAUUUCUCAGGGAUUCCGCUGCCCAGGCGUCAGAAGAAAAGCUGGAAGACGACCUCCUAGAAAAUUUUAAGAACUUAUUCAUCAUCGAAGGAGAAGCAGAGUGCAGCAUGGAUGGCAAAGUUAGAGUGUGCGUGGAUUACCGAGAUCUCAACAAAGCCAGUCCAAAAGACGACUUUCCCCUCCCGAAUAUUCAUAUGCUUAUUGAUAAUUGUGCAAAGCAUGAGUUGCAGUCUUUCGUUGAUUGCUACGCAGGAUAUCACCAAAUCCUAAUGAAUGAGGAAGAUGCAGAGAAAACAGCAUUCAUCACACCUUGGGGGGUGUACUACUAUCGGGUGAUGCCUUUCGGGCUCAAAAACGCAGGAGCUACCUACAUGAGAGCCAUGACCACCAUUUUCCAUGAUAUGAUCCAUAAAGAGAUUGAAGUCUAUGUGGAUGAUAUCAUCAUCAAAUCACGAAAGAGCUCAGACCAUCUAACGGAUUUAAGAAAGUUCUUCGACAGGUUGAGGCGAUAUAAUCUGAAGUUGAACCCCGCAAAAUGUGCAUUUGGAGUACCUGCAGGGAAAUUGUUGGGUUUUAUUGUGAGCAGAAGAGGCAUAGAGUUAGAUCCCUCGAAGAUAAAAACCAUUCAGGAAUUGCCCGCUCCAAAGAGUCGGAAAGAUGUGAUGAGUUUCCUCGGGCGCCUCAACUACAUCAGCCGAUUUAUAGCACAAUCAACGGUGAUAUGUGAACCAAUAAUCAAGUUAUUGAGGAAGGAUGCUCCUACCACAUGGACUGAAGAUUGCCAAAGGGCCUUUGACAAAAUCAAAGAGUAUUUGUCUAGCCCGCCUGUUUUGGUGCCUCCAGAAGCUGGAAGACCUUUGUUAUUGUAUUUGUCCGUAUCAGAAAAUGCUUUUGGGUGUGUAUUAGGACAGCAUGAUGAGACAAGAAAGAAGGAGCGAGCGAUAUAUUACUUGAGUAAAAAGUUCACACCUUACGAGGCACGGUAUACGUUAUUGGAACGCACCUGUUGUGCUUUGACAUGGGUUGCACAGAAGUUGAGACAUUAUUUGUCUGCAUAUACUACUUACCUCAUUUCGAGGAUGGACCCACUCAAGUACAUCUUCCAGAAGCCUAUGCCUACGGGGAAGCUAGCUAAGUGGCAAAUGUUGUUGAGCGAGUUUGACAUUGUGUAUGUUACUCAAAAGGCUGUCAAAGGGCAGGCGAUAGCUGAUCAUCUUGCAGAGAAUCCUGUGGACAAGGAAUACAUACCCCUUAAAACUUAUUUCCCGGAUGAAGAAGUGUUGUUCAUCGGGGAAGGCAUCGCAGAAGAGUACCCGGGGUGGAGGCUGUUCUUCGACGGGGCGGCAAAUUCUAAAGGGGUCGGCAUUGGAGCAGUUUUGAUUUCAGAGUCAGGCCAGCACUAUCCCAUUUCAGCCAAAAUCAAGUUCCCGUGUACCAACAAUAUGGCAGAAUAUGAGGCUUGUAUUCUCGGCCUCAGAAUGGCAGCUGACAUGCAUAUACAAGAGCUUCUGGUUAUAGGCGAUUCAGACUUGCUGGUUCAUCAAGUGCGAGGCGAAUGGACAACUAAGAACGGGAAGAUACUUCCGUACUUGCACUGCGUAAAGGAUUUGUGUAAGAGAUUCAUUAAGGUCGAAUUCAAACACGUUCCAAGGACACAGAACGAGUUCGCUGAUGCUUUGGCCACGUUGUCUUCUAUGAUUCAGCAUCCAGACAAGAACCGCAUAGAUCCUAUCAAGAUAAACGUGCACGAUCAACAUGCACAUUGCUUCUAUGUGGACGAAGAGCCUGAUGGGGAACCUUGGUACUACGACAUUAACAAAUAUCUUAAGACCGGAGACUAUCCGGAAGGGGUAACUAGUGUUCAGAAGAAAACGCUUCGGAGAUUAGCAAACCAUUUCUUCCUAAGCGGAGAAAUCCUGUAUAGGAGGACUCCGGAGUUAGGAUUAUUAAGAUGUGUUGACGCUAAAGAAGCGGCUCGUUUGAUUGAAGAAGUGCAUGGCGGCACAUGUGGGCCUCAUAUGAAUGGCUUUACACUGGCCAAGAAGAUCCUUCGCGCAGGCUAUUUCUGGAUGACUAUGGAGUCCGAUUGUAUCCGUUUUGUGCAGAAGUGUCACCGAUGUCAGAUUCAUGGUGAUUUGAUUCGAGUUCCGCCAAAUGAAUUAAAUGUGACAAGUUCUCCGUGGCCUUUCGCAAGUUGGGGUAUGGAUGUCAUCGGUCCUAUCGAGCCAGCAGCAUCGAAUGGGCACAAGUUCAUUUUGGUAGCCAUUGAUUAUUUCACAAAGUGGGUGGAAGCAUCUUCACAUAAGUCGGUAACAAAGAAGGUGGUAGCGGAUUUCGUUCGGAGCAACAUUAUUUGCCGAUUCGGAGUCCCGGAGUCAAUCAUAACGGAUAACGGCGCUAACCUUAACAGUGGUCUAAUGCAGGAGAUUUGCGAUACCUUCAAGAUUACUCAUCGCAAUUCCACUCCUUAUCGCCCUCAGAUGAAUGGGGCAGUUGAAGCAGCCAAUAAAAACAUCAAGAGAAUACUGAGGAAGAUGAUCGAUAAUUACAAGCAUUGGCACGAGAAACUGCCGUUAGCUCUUCUCGGGUAUCGCACUACCGUGAGAACUUCAACAGGGGCAACACCCUAUCUUUUGGUCUACGGGACAGAAGCGGUGUUACCUGCUGAGGUAGAAAUACCCUCUUUGAGAAUCAUCCAAGAAGCUGAGUUAAGUGACGCUAAGUGGACGCAGAAUCGAUACGAACAAUUGAUGCUCAUUGAUGGAAAGAGAUUGAAUGCCGUUUGUCAUGGACAACUUUAUCAGAAUAGAAUGGCCAGAGCUUUCAACAAGAAAGUAAGACCGAGGCAAUUCAAAACGGGGCAAUUGGUACUGAAACGCAUAUUCCCAUGUCAAGAUGAAGCUAAAGGAAAAUUUGCACCUAACUGGCAGGGACCUUAUAUGGUUCAUCGAGUAUUGACUGGAGGAGCGUUAAUCCUAGCAGAAAUGGAUGGCGAAAUUUGGCCGAAAGCUAUCAACGCAGAUGCCGUCAAGAGAUAUUAUAUUUAGAAGCCUUCUUUAUUUGUAUGUAAUAUCCCGCAACACUUAUUCAUGUAAUGACACUACUCCCCGUGGCGGGAUGCAUGACAAACCUAUAUCAGUUUAGGUCUUUUGGGUAUAAUUCCAAUCAAUAUCCUUUGGCUUGUAAUAUGAACUACGCCUGACCUGAUUCCCAUGGGGGAUACGUAGGCGGCCCGCAUAGGCCUCGGUCACAUCACUUCAAAAUUCCAAUUUUAUUUCCGCUUGUAAUUUGAACUACGCUCGACCUGAUUCCCCUAGUGGGAUACGUAGGCAGCCUAUGUAGGCUCGGUCUCGCCAUUUUGAAAAGAUCAACAUCCCUUGCACCAGAAACUGGGACAAUUUUUUUUAAAAGGGAUCACCGUAAGACAACAUCGACAGACUCGGGAGAAUAUUGUUCGACAGAGUCUUCGGGCAGAAGAAAACUUCGGAAAAGGGGCAUUCGCUUUGUUUCACAAUGUGUCACAGUUCCGAGUUCAGCAAAAUUAUUUAUCACCAUACAUAUAGUUUACUAUGUCUAUUUUUUUUUUUUUUUUUUUUUUUUUUUUUUUUUUUCUCGAAAUAAUGUGAUUCUAAUCAGACUGUUUACUAGUCGGCCAAGACUUAAAAUGAGCGGAGGUUACAAGUCCAUACGAAGCUGGAGGCACGAAGCGCAAGAGCCAGAUCCCCAAGUCAACGCGAAUCAACCCCCUCCCCAAACUUACAAAUUUUCUUUGGAUGCAGGUUGCCAAGUUGCAGGAGCGAAAUAGGCACGACCUUGAAAUGAUGGCGCGUCAAACGGUUUGAGCAUUCUUCUAUCAAUUAUGUCUUCAAAUAUAAAUAACUUUCGGCGAUCACCAUAAGCUAAUCUUGCAAAUUAUUUUUUUUCAAAUAUAUAUCAACGCACAAAUAUUUUGAAUUGCUUUCGAAUACAUUGCUUUUAUUUUUUGCCACUGCGUG